AUGGCAAGUGCAAAGGUAGCCGUUAUAAAAUUACCAGUCUUGCCCGCCUAUGAAGGGUGCGAGAAACUCACUGUGCUAGAAAGUCGUAGUAAAUCACAUGAAGAUAUCAACGCGAUUUUGAAAUAUUCAAGCCUUGUCGAAUUAAACCUUUCAUUCAACAACAUAGAAACGUUUCCACAACUAACACUUUCACAACUCACACUUAUGAGUAUCGAGCAUAACCCACUUUUUUCAGUCACACCACUUUGUUACGCCACAGCAAUGAAAGAAUUGAACAUCUCUCAAUGUAAAUUCGAAAAACUUCCAAAACAUUUUACUCAAUUGCAAUCACUCACGAAACUUAUUUGCCAUACUAACAACAUGGUCACAAUUCACCACAUUAAAAAUUCAAAUAAAUUAGCAGACAUCGAUUUUAGACACAACUUUUUCACAAUCAUUCCUUGUGCUGUUUCAUAUUGUACUAACCUCACAACAAUCAAUUUCAGUGACAACGAAAUAUGUAGUGGACUUGAAUUUCUUUCGACUCUCAAAGAACUGGUUGAACUUGAUUUGUCUUUCAACAAGAUCGACGACUUUUCCCCACUAUGUUCACUUCCAAAACUUACAUAUUUAAAUUUGGCAAACAACAUAAUUAAGUCAGUCAGCGACGAAAUCACGGGGAUGGUGAGUCUGAAGGAACUUUUGAUUUCAGAAAACCCCCCAUUGAGCAGUAUAAGCCCACUCAUUACUACAAUUUCUUCGUUGAAAAUUUUGAAAUUUGAUGACUGCAAAGGCUUGACUUGUUUGCCAGACAUGUCUCAAAUGACUGGACUUGGGAAUGUCACUGCAUCUUCUUGUCAACUCACUGAAUUUCCAAAAUUACCGCCAACGUGUGGGUUCAAUUUUUCAAACAAUCAAAUUGCAACACUCUCACUACCUGAGGGGUACAAGAAAGAUUCAUUGGAAGUGGAUUAUAAUAAGCUGUCUGAGUUGGACGUACUCGAGAAGUACUCUAUUUCACGUGCAAUCGUUGGAAACAACAAAUUGACUGCUUUACGGGUGAACACGGCGCUUUUGACACUCAACGUCUCAUACAACCCACUCUCGGCAUUACCACAGAAUAUGAACACUUUGACGAAGUUGAGACAAUUCUCGUGCAAUGGAUGUCAGUUGCGAAAAAUCGACCCAUUGAUCUUUGUGAACACUAAGAAUCUUGAAAUACUGGAAUGUGGGUUUAAUAUGCUGCGAGAAAUCGAAUUUGAAGACAUGCCGAACCUCCAACAGUUCUACGCCCCAUUCAAUAAACUUGCAUUCCUUCCAAAUGGCCUUUUCAAAUCAAAGAAAUUGCGAUUUGUGAAUGUCGCGUUCAACGACUUGGAAGAGCUAAAGAUCAAGAAGGAUGACAGAAAAAUUGUGAGUCAGUUAUUCCAGAUCGAUGCAAGUUAUAACAACAUAAGGGAACUCUCUGUUGGUGUUGAUUCGUUGAACGAGCUGAACAUCAGUCACAACUCCCUUUCUUUUGAUGACAAAGACAUUGCGAACUUAUGUUUGCUAACUGGCAUGAAGAACAUCUAUGCAACUGGAUACAAAAUUAAGAAGUUUCCCGAAGUGAAGAGUGAGGCGUAUAUCACGUUUUCCAUCUAUUCUUCAGAGAAGGGAAGUCCAGUAGUUGAGUGUAAGAAGAAGUUGAAUGUGAAAAAUCUCGUCAAUGCAGUCGAACCGACACAAGAGAACAUUGAUAUUGGCACGUUUGGAACGUGUGGAAGAAGAUCAAGUAUGCAAGACAAUGACUUGACAUAUAAAUCUGCGUUUGGAACAAAAGGCCACUUCAUUGGCCUUUUUGAUGGCCACGGUGGAGAUAAGGGAAGUUACUACUUUGGGAAGAAGAUUGCAGAACAGAUAGUUCUCUACCGUCGUGUAAUCAAUGAGUCGGAGUUCAUACAAAUAAUGGAGGGGUGCAUUAAAGAAACAAACAAACAACUCACAGCCGAAAAACUGACAGACGGGACAACAGCAGUCGCUGUUGUUGUCUAUGACGACGUCUAUUAUAUCAUGAAUAUAGGAGACUCACGUUGUGUUGUCGUUCAAGACUCGAACGUUGAUCGAGUGUUAGAGUGUAAAGAAAUGAGAGAAAAGAUGGCAAAGGCCCAAACUGCUAAGACGAAAGAAGGAAAAACGAUCAGCCCAGUUGAAAAUGUCAAAGACGUUUAUACGUCAUUUUCGAAAAUAGUUAGUCAAGAGUCCAAGGACAAAAGUUCUUCAAAAAGUUCGUCGAAGAGUUGGGACGAAGAUGACGACGAAGAUGACGACGUCGAUAAGUCGGACAGAGAACCCCACAAAAAGAACUUGUCUCUUGUGUCAAAGAUCAGAAAACUCGGCCAGUCACAGGGAGCUGCUGUAACGCGACAUAGCAUAGUCAAAAAAUCGAUGUGUCAAAUUGAAGAAGAUACACAGGUUGUUGGAAAGGCUCUAACUGUCGACCACAAACCGAUUAUGCCUGAAGAAAGGCUUCGUGUUAAAAAGGAGGGUAAUUAUGUGACUGACUCUGGGAAAUUGAAUGGAUACAUUGGCGUGUCCCGAGCCAUUGGUGAUGUCCAUUGUGAAGGUAUGGUGUCAUGCGUUCCAGACUAUUUCACAGUGAAAAGAGGGCCAACUGACAGAUUUUUAGUGCUAGCUUGUGAUGGUGUGUGGGAUGUCAUGUCGAAUCAAGAAGUUGCAUUGCUAUGUGUUGCGAACCAGAACAUGGCGUGUUCUGAAAUUGCAAAGAUCAUUGUUGAGAUUGCUUAUUCGAGACAGUCUGGAGACAACAUCACAUGUAUUGUGUUCAGAAUUAACUAA